UCUGUGUGUUAGCUCGUCAGAAAUCCCGUUAUUUCACCGCCGUAACUUAUUUAACAAAGGUAUUAUUCAUUCGGGAGUGUCGGUCGCGGUCAACGAAGCAAACUAGCACGAUCGCGCCAGCGUUCAGUGACACCGUGCCAACGUUUUAUUCGUUACAAUUUUAUCGAUUUUAAUUCUUCCCAAAAGAAAGAAUUGGUUCCAUGCUGUUUCUCUGUUAAAGCAGUCGUUUGACUGGCUCUCGAGCAACAUUUUUCGUGUGAGAGUAUAUCCCAAGACAGAGCCGUGUCUUGGGGGAAAAGCACCCCGGGCACUACGGUGGCCCCAGAUACUCCAUCACCAGCACCCCAGCCGCCAGGGGUGCUGGAGAUGACCGGAACGGAUAACAUCCGGUUCAGCGGGCACACAUUAGACAAGGCCACCAAAGCUAAGGUCACGCUCGAGAACUUUUACACCAAUCUUAUCUCGCAGCAUUAUGAGAGGAAGCAGAGAUUGGAGAAGCUAGAAGAGUCGUUGAAAGACGACAGCCUCUCCGAAAGCCAAAAGCAAGAAAAACGUCAACAGCAUGCCCAAAAGGAAACUGAAUUCCUUCGCCUCAAACGUUCGAGACUCGGUGUUGAGGAUUUCGAGCCGCUAAAGGUUAUAGGAAGAGGUGCCUUCGGCGAAGUAAGACUUGUGCAGAAGAAAGACACCGGACACGUUUACGCUAUGAAGAUACUGCGGAAAGCCGAUAUGCUGGAGAAAGAACAGGUGGCUCACGUUCGAGCCGAACGGGAUAUCCUGGUAGAAGCCGACCACCAAUGGGUGGUGAAGAUGUACUACAGUUUCCAAGACCCCAUGAACCUGUACCUCAUAAUGGAAUUCUUGCCGGGCGGCGACAUGAUGACGUUGCUCAUGAAGAAGGACACCCUAAGCGAGGAGUGCGCGCAGUUCUACGUAGCGGAAACUGCACUGGCCAUCGACAGCAUACACAAAUUGGGCUUUAUACAUAGAGACAUAAAACCCGACAACCUAUUAUUAGACGCUCGUGGACACAUAAAAUUGAGCGACUUCGGUCUGUGCACGGGUUUGAAGAAGAGUCACAGAACGGACUUCUACAGAGAUCUGUCCAGGGCAACGCCCUCAGAUUUCAGUAAGUUCCUCACAUUAUCAACAUCGUCGUCAGCGAUGGAUUCGAAGCGCAGAGCCGAAUCGUGGAAGCGGAACCGAAGGGCAUUAGCUUACUCGACCGUCGGUACUCCUGACUACAUAGCGCCCGAAGUAUUCCUUCAGACUGGGUACGGCCCUGCAGCGGACUGGUGGAGCCUCGGGGUCAUUAUGUACGAAAUGCUGAUCGGCUACCCGCCGUUUUGCUCCGAAUCACCCCAGGAGACGUACAGAAAAGUUAUGUCCUGGCGUGAAUCCUUGACUUUCCCCCCCGAGGUUCCCAUCAGCGAGGAAGCGAGAGAGACGAUAUUGCGUUUCUGUUCGGAACCCGAUCGCAGAUUGGGAUCGCAGCGCGGCAUAGAAGACGUAAAGUCGGUGUCCUUCUUCCGCGGCGUCGACUGGUCGCACGUCAGGGAGCGGCCGGCGGCUAUAUCCGUAGAAGUGCGCUCCAUAGACGACACAUCCAACUUCGACGAUUUCCCGGACGUGAAGCUCGAGAUACCUGCCGCACCAACCAGCCAAGAAGGCGAAGUAGCGUACAAAGAUUGGGUGUUCAUAAACUACACGUUCAAACGUUUCGAAGGCCUCACCCAGCGCGGGACGCCCACAAAGAAAUGAGGCCGCGAACCGUUCAAGCCACUCUCGCCCUAGUGUAAAUUGAUAUAAGGAUCAGUAUUGUCCGAUCUUAAUUAUUAUUUUCGACGUUAUGUCAACGUUUAAAACUCAUCCUCUUGUCAUUUCGUAGAUUUAGGAUGAUGUAUGUAUCGUAGGUUUUGUUUGAAAAGAAAUGAGGAAUUUUAGAUUUUAUUUUUCGUUUUCUGUCUUCCUUUUCUUUUUUUAAAGCUGUGAUUUUUUUUUUGUGCGAUUUUAAGUCACGAAUGUUUGUGUAAAACUAAAUUAUUAUGUAUGAAUUCACCUGAAUCUAUACAAAAAAAAACCGCGGUUUGUAAUGAGCGCGAAUUUAAUUGAGGUAAAAGAAGUUUAAACGAUCAUAUCCAAGCCGUAUACACAGUAACAUGUAAAAUGAAUAAUAUACUUAAUAAAAUGAAUAUAACAAAAUAUUCUUAUAUUGAUUUACACUAAAUAAUAAUUACGUUAUCAUAACUCUGCCCUUAAAGAGAAUUAAGAAUUUGAUUUUUAAGCAAAAACUUAUCCGGGAGAAUACCUAAAGCCCGUUAAGCAUAUACUCAAUAAUAUACAAUAGUUUUUAUUGUACCAAACAUCAAUUUUUGUAAUCACUUCAGGUUUAGUAGAUUGAAUCGUGACGUCACAACUACGAAUGCACUGCUAACUCUGUUGCAAAAACCAAAUAAGUUUGGACUCUGAUUUUUUUUUUAAUGUACCCCGUAGAUCGGAAUCCAAUUUGUUACACCAUUUGUGAUCGUCAAGCGCUCACCUUAGAGUGAGAUAGAAUGAGUGAUGAAUUAUAAAGAGUGAGAUAGAAAGUUUCAUUUCGGAUUUCGACAGCGUGACUAGAAAGGCUUGAAGUACAAACAUUCACUAACAGAGUUGGUUUUUUAUAAACAUAUUUCGUAACAAUAGGAUAAUAUAUCUAGAGAUAACACAUUUAUGGAUUAUUAUAUUAUUGCAAUCGUUAAUGCGUUUGAAUGCGUCACUGUAUAAUACAAAUUAAAAUAUAAAUAAUAUUUAACAGAAUAAUAUUGAAGUGAUUACACGAAUGGUGGGAAGAUUCAUUUAUGUUCCUAAACGAGGAAUUAUCGAGCGUUAUUCGCUUGUAAAAAGUUUUUUGCGUGUGUAAAGUAUAUUUAUAAAUAUUAUACAUACCCGCACUGGCGAUAGUAUUAAAGAGCUUUUGUAAUACUUUGAAAAUAAUUUAGAACAAUACACCACAGCAGUAUUCAAAUCGUUUAGAAUUACGCUCAAGCAUUUUACCAGCGCCGGUGCGUUCGUUUUGUUUUUUUUUAUUUUUUAUUUAUGUUUUCGUAAAUGUCGCUUGUCUGUCGUUUCCAAUUUCGCUUGCAUACUGUUUGAUUAGUGUUAUCGUUGGUCCCGCCUAUUGUUUUUGUCGCAGACAUCAAUGCAGCGUGUGAAAUAAUGAGAUAUAAUAAUGAAAUUCUUAAUUAGUUAUUCAUGUCCUACGAAAAGCAUAAUCAGGUGUACUUGUACAAGAAAUAGGGUGAACUGUAUAGUUAUUUGGAAUCUAAUGUUAAAAUCUAGAAAAAAUUAUAAGCACUGUAAAUUAGAUACAUAAGGCGUUUUAUUCACUGUUCAUAGUAACAAAACAAGUUAUCGUUAAAAAUAAUCAUAAAAAAUUUCAAAAACAAGGGCAAAUUUUUUAUAUUAAAAUCGAUGUUGAGUUGUUAUAAUACUAAACAAGUAUACAUAGGUUGUGCUAAUAAUACUAUAGUUUACCCUACUUCACAUACAUAAUAUAUAAAUUAUAGAAUGUAACGUUGCUAUUGUAAUUUCUUGUAGUAUGAUUAAAUUGUAAAGAUUUUUAAUUCAAUUCGAUUGAUAUAACAAGAAAUUCAGCAUGUUUUCUGCUACGACCAGCUUUCAGUUUCACUCAAAGCAUUGUUAGUCUUGCGAAUAUUAAAAGAAAGAACCGAGAUGCUUGCCAAAAAAGUUCCUUGUAAGUGUUGCCAGUACAGUAGACGGGUCCUAACGAUGUUGCCACAUUACAAAAUAAUAUUUAUUAAAAGCUGUGAAUUCAAGGGGCUGUGAACGUAUGGCAUUAUAAAUUGAAGCGAUAAAAAAAUUAUCAGUUAAACUUAGACCAGGAAGAAUGAGAUUGGUAUAGACAAUGUGAAACUUCGGCGUGCUUUGUUCAAUACAAUCGUCAUUUUUCAAUAUUAAUGAAAUUGUUUAUUAUAGCCUGCACGCAUAUAGCACUACGUCUUAUAAUGAACAAAAAAGCAUGCUUUGAUAAAUGCUCGUUCUCUAUGCUCUGUAUGUAUCUAGUGUGUGCAAUAUUUACAUUACAUUAAUAUGCACUGAUAAAUUUAAUAAAAGUUAAUACUUUACUAAUUUAAACUAUGUAUUUAAAUAUAUAUUUUUCAUUACUAUGCAUGACUUUUCCACUAUCGAGUGUUUUAGAGUAUAUAUAUAUAAAUUGGAUCAGAGAAUUUAAUAAAAUAAUACAUAUUAUAACUAGAUUCGAAUAGAUAUUUAGUUGUGAUAGUGAAAAAGUUCACAAAUGAAAUGAAACAAUAAAUUUUGUCGAUUAAUUAAUUUAAUAAUAAGCAACACUUAUAGUUUGAUCGUCACCAGGUUAGGUGUAAAAUUCGAGGUGAAUAUUUUAAUGGAUUUUGAAAGUUUAUUCGGUAAAAGUGAAUUUGUUAACAAACUCUUAGUAUUUUGUUCGUAGAUAAAUGAAUCUCUUGUUUUUGGUCAUGAUGGUUUACAUUAUUAAAUAUCAUAAAAUUAUAGCUCUUGUUGGCUUAUGCUGCACUAACUUUCUGUUGCAUAAACAAUUUUCUGAAAUCGUGUUCGAAACAUUCAGUGUUUUCCCUCUCUUCGAGAAGUUGGUAAAAUAGUUUAUAGCUGUGUAACACGGAGCAUGGAGCUAAUUUCAAACCGACUUCCAUAGAUCACGGCCAAAAGCCAUUCCGAUGUAACUACACAAUGCUAGACUAGAUGGCGCCACCUCAUUUAUAUCAGAACAAUGUAGGUAGUGAUUGCUUUAAACACGAAAUCAAAGGAAGAAGAAGGCACUGACAGAAUGGGAUAUGAAUACAGAAUGUAGGUGCCUCUGAGGGAAUGAAACAGAUUCGCGUGGCAAUUAUAAAUGACAAAAAUGCUUAUGUUUUAAGAUAACAAUGAAUUGAUUUAUAAACGUGAUAUAGACCGCUCGUUCAGAAAUACUUAUCCUAAACGCACGAUGGCAAUACAAUUAACAAUAAAAUAUUAUAAUAAUUAUAAAAUACACUGAUUGAAGCUGAAUUAUAAAAACGAAAUUCGCAUUGUGGCAAAGGUUUGAUAAACAAAAAAAAA